CAGAAGGUACAUGUGACACUUGUGAGUCUGUGCUGUACGGCGAACAGCGGCGACCCGGUGCUCGACACCAGGGAGAGAGGUGGGCCGGCAGCAGUCGCCGUCACCAUGACGAUGAUGUGGGCCCUCAUGCUCAGUUUGCUGCUUGCGGGGAGACCAGGGCUGUCUUGGGGUCAGGAGGACAGCAGUGCGGAGCCAUGUGCCAGAUGGAUGGGAGGAGUGCCAGGGACCCCAGGGCAUGAUGGUCUUCCAGGAAGAGAUGGCAGAGACGGGAAGAAUGGCGAGAAGGGAGAUGCUGGAGACCCAGGUACACCGGGGGGGAAAGGCGAGCCAGGAGCGCUUGGGGCUGAGGGUCCACCAGGCCCCCGGGGCUUUCCAGGCAACCCGGGUCUGAAAGGUGCGCGGGGUGAGAGCUCCUUCACGUACCGUUCGGCCUUCAGCGUUGGCCUCGUGAGUCCCGUUGAGUCAGCCAACGUGCCCAUCCGCUUCCUUAAGAUCUUCUACAACGAGCAGCACCACUACGAUGACGUCAGUGGCAAGUUCCGCUGCGCCCUCCCCGGCCUCUACUACUUCACCUACCACCUGGCCGUCAGUGGCAAGGACGUCAAGGUGAGCCUGUACAAGAGCAACAAGCCGGUGGUGUUCACCUUCGACCAGUUCCAGCCGGGCAACCUGGACCAGGCCUCGGGGGCGGUCAUCUUGCAACUCAUCGCUGGGGACGAGGUUUGGCUGCAGGUAUACGGCGAAGAGGAGUUUUCCGGCGUCUACACCGACAGCACCAUCGACUCCACGUUCACCGGCUUUCUCCUGUAUCCCAACCUGCCCGUGGAUCCACUAGCCAACCGCCGCCGUUAGCCGAUGCACGGCAGUCACGUCGACAGCAGGGUGCCGGUAGGGGCUGUGCGGUCAGCGGUGUGAAAAUAGUGUGAAAAAUGUUGCAGGUGUGUGAAGUCACAAUGGUACUGAUAGCUCGUGAAACACCUGAAAGGUCUCAUACCUGCUUGUGUCAAGUCAUCGGAUCAUUCAGGUCAUUGUUUUUGUUUAAGUUUCACGUCUUGUGUUAAUGUCUGAUCAGCGAGAGCCGGAAAAGAGGAGACGGUUCUCCUCAGGACUCCUCAGACGGAGGCAGCUACAGCUGGCUCACAAAUCAGAGGUACAAAAGGUUGAGAGACAUGACUGAGACCCGAAGGAUUGUUAUAUUAUAGCCACACUUAAUAGAAUUUUAAUGUAUUAAUGUACAGUACAACAUUGGCUCAUUGAGUGUCUUCCAGUUCUGCGCUGAAAGACACUUAAUGACUCAUUGCUUGAUGCUGUUGGAGCUCAAAUGGUGGUGUCGCAAAAUCUGUGUCACGAAAGGAUGAGAAGAGGGUCUUUAAUUCAUUUCAUUCACGAUCAAUAACCGGUGUCCAGUCUGAGGGCUGCAAUGGUCCGGAACCUAUUCUCAAAGUCCGUGACGCAGGCACACAGCAGUUUAGAGUGACACAUUCACCCGAUGAACAUAAAAUGUUCAUUAACGUUCAUGUUAAUGGUGUUGGUUUUGUUGCUGUAGAACUUGACAUAUAUAGAACGUAUAGAAAAUAUUUCUCAUGUACAUCACUUUCUGAGCUGCUAUUGUCUCUCAUUCUAGAACUUACAUGUUUAAUGGGUUAAUUAAAGUUACUUCCAGGCCA